GUGCGUACGGCUCUAAGCGUAUGCUACGACUGAAUGGAAGAGGUGCUGAACAGAAGGUGUGGCCUCGUUCAUCCCCUACUCUGUCGCACACACCACCGUAUGAUCUGCAUACGCGAGCUUGGCGCCACUGUGCAGUCAUCGUAAGCAGACGUGAGAGUCUAGACGUCGUUUCUAGGUCAAGUUGUGGUCAGGUUCAUUUAUCUCUUCAUCUAAGAAAAAAAAAGUACCUGACAGCCAAUAACGAUGGCAACAUCAACCGAAAGUAUCGACGGAUUAAAAGAUAUCGUAACUCCAUUUGGGGUGCAAUUGGCAGGUGUUUACAAAAGGAGUUUUGGGUACACGACUCUCACCUAUAGAUUGUCUGUAAUUCUAACUGGGGUUACCGAUUUGCUGAGUAAUGAUGAAGCGGAAAUCGUUUCGGAAUAUGGACAGGCAGCUGCUGAUGAUUUGAGACAGGUCAUAUCCUAUAUUAAUAAACUGAAAAAUGAAAUACCAUCCAAUCGACCUUUGACACCUCUCCUUAAUCCAUCAGAGGAAAACGACGUUCAAAUAUGGAAUGAUUAUCUAGAUGAACGUACUAAACUAGAAGGAGGUGUCCCAGCUUGGUACAGCACCCCGUGGAUUUACUGUGAAACUUACAUGUACAGGAGACUGGCUGAAGGAUUUAAUCUUACCAAAACGUUACAACACUUUGAUCCAUUUGCCAAGCAGAAGAAACAUGCCUUCGAUGGUUCGGUUGCCAGUGCAACUUCUGUGGCUGCAUACACUCUAGCACAAAUUGAAAGCAGACAGGAUAUUGAUUCGGAGUCCUGUAAAAUCGAGUUUAUAAAAUUAAUGAAAUUAGCAUUAUGGGGUAACAGAUGCGACCUAUCUCUGAGUGCAGGUGUUGCAAAUGGGCAGGUUGGAAACCCACUGGAGUUACUUGCUUCCCUGGAGGCAGACAUCCUUGUUGACGAUACAGAUUUUGUCUGGAAUGCGCUUGCUAAAGCAAAAGCGUCUGACAAAACAGUCACACUCGAUAUAGUGUUGGAUAAUGCUGGCUACGAAUUAUUUACGGAUCUUUGCCUAGCUGCUUUUCUAGUCGCCCACAAACUUGCUCACAAAGUACGAUUUUAUGUAAAAAGUAUUCCAUGGUAUGUCAGUGACGUAACCACUGAGGAUUUCCAUUGGAUAAUAGAACGUAUGCUAGGCUCUUCAAAUUCUGAAUUAGCACACCUAGGAAAGGUGAUCAAAGGGCAUCUUGAGACCAAUGUAUGGUCCAUUGAGGACGAACCUUUUUGGACCCAACCGUUCGUUUUUUCUGAGAUGCGACAAAAGAAUCCCACAUUGUAUGCGAAACUUUCGGAAGCAAGCUUAAUAAUUUUCAAAGGAGAUCUAAACUACAGAAAAUUGGUGGGUGAUAUUAACUGGGAAUAUACCACUAAAUUUGUGAAUGCCGUACAAGGAUUUUUGCCAGCAAAGUUAGUUAGUCUGAGAACUAUUAAAUCGGACGUCUGCGCUGGCUUGAAACCUGGACAAGGAGAGGCUCUGCGCGUAAAGGAUCCCAAUUGGAUGAUCACUGGACAGUAUGGGCUCAUACAAAGUGCUGAUAUUGCUUGACUAGAAGAGCAGAGCGUGAAGCCCAAAUCUGACUAGUAGGUGUAUUUAUAUUGUAGGAAAUUUGAAUAGUCAUACUUCCGGCCAAAAGAGGAUUCUCAAUGAAGUAUGUCAAUACUUCUUCAUCGGCGAAACUCAUUGUCAGUUGCAACGGUAUUGUACUAUUUGGAAUAUUUAUUUUAUUACACAUAGUAGUAAUACAAUAUUUUUAAUAAUAAUAAAGAGUAAUAAGUAAC